AUGGGGCUGGCGUGGCCCUGCGGGACGGACGGACCGGCCGGCGGGCGGCUGACCGGCUCGGCGAGGGACGCGCAGACACGUGGGCACUAUUUUUGCAGCGAGCCGCUCACAGCGCCGCACUCGCGGCAGCUUAUAAAGCCCCGCCGAGCCGCUCCCCCCCACCCCCCCCCUCCCCACGGCCGGAUGCGAAGCACCUGUGUCGGCCCCGCCCGGGGCCCCGCCCCUUCUGGCGGGCCGGGCCGAGGGCUCAGCCGCCCACCCAGAGCCGGGCGCCCAGAUGGGGGCGCGCUCGGCACCCCGCACCCUGCCCCCUGCCCCAGGAGUCCAGGGGUCCAAGCGGAGCGUGCCACUCACCGAGUGACCCUGAUCACGUCCUUUAGCUCUUAG